AAGCUCCACCACUCCGAUGCAUUGACUUCACCGAUUCAAGACAGCUCUGCUUGCUGUCCUUUGAUCUCACAAUGGCGCCCGCUCCUCGCCCUCGCACUUUGCGCAAAGACACCCUCCCGACAACCUUCAAAUCCUACAAACCUCAAGUCUUCUCUGAAACCGCCCGCGCAUCUACCCUCGCGCCCAACAUCCGCAGUAUCUCCUGGUCGCCCACAGGCAAUGCAAUCGCGCAGUGCACGAGCGUCAAUAUCCGAGUAUGGAAUUCCGAGCGACCGGACGUGAAAGCUUCGACGGAGAUGAAGGAUGGGACGAGAAAUACGGCGCAUACGAGCGGGGUGGAGAAGGUCGCGUUUAAUCCGAGAAUGGAGGGUGUGCUGGCUUCGACGGGACUUGAUGGGAUGGUGAAGGUGUGGGACGUAAGACUGCCGGGUGGAGCGACGGGGAUUGUGGGUGGAGGACCGAUGGGCAAAGCAGGCGUUACACCCCGAGGAGGAGAGUACAAGGUCGGUGAUCAGGGAUUGUUCCUCACAUGGCAUCCUGCCGGGACACAAUUACUUGUCGGUCGCCGCGACGACGUGGUCACCGCGCUGGACGUACGGAAAUUGGACACCACGUUCAUUGAACCAAACGCAGACAAAUUCGAUCUGGCGCCGGAAGACCGCACGCCAUUCAAGGACAAGGGAAGUUACAAUAUGAUGACCUUCUCGAAUUCUGGGCGGGAAGUAUUUGCGACCACAGCAGAAGGUCCAGUGAAGAUCCUCGACUACCCUACAAUGAAACCGCUGUACACUCUCUCCGCCCACACGAGCAGUACCUACGCCGUCUCGCAUUCUCCUAUUGGAAACUACGUCGCUGUAGGCGCAAGCGACAGCCUCGUUUCACUCUGGGACACCAGCUCAUGGAUGUGCGCACGGGUUCUGAGCAACCACACCUCCGCCGUGAGGGAUGUGAGUUUCAGCUUCGACGGCACGUAUCUUGUUGCGGGUUGCGGCGCCGAUCGGGACGGAGAUAAAGGAUUGUCGAUCUGGCAUGUGGAUAUGGGAGAGGUGGUGCAUACGAUUGAGACGGUAAAUCCUGUCACUUGGGUGAGCUGGCAUCCGCUGAGAUAUGCGAUUGCGUAUGGUGGAGAUCCUGGUGGAUUGAAGGUGGUUGGCGCGUACAAGGAUUGA